CUCUCACACUCACAGUCGCAACAAUUGGCAGGGACUCCUUAUUCCCCCCUCCCCCACCUCGCCCCGUUCUACCCUUUGCUCAGCUUUGCCUCCUUUUUUCCCUCUAUUUGCUCUGAAGCUCUCUGUCUCUCGCACCCACAUCCAUUCUCUCUCUCAAAACUACGUCCCUUUCAUGGCUUCCUUUACGUACCUCACUCUGUAAGUCACAAAUCUAAUCCACCCUCCUCUCUCUGCCAGCUUCGCAUAGCAGGAAAACAAGCAGAACAAGAAAACAAAAACCCUAGAAAUUUACACUAUGGUUUCUUUCAUGAUAUGAGUUUCUUAAUUUAUUUCAUUUUGUUUUGUCCUUUUUUUUCGUGUUUAAGCAUUUCACUUCAAGACUGAGACUAGGUUUUCCGCUUUCUUCUUGCUAUUUUGCCCGUUAGAUUUGCCACUUUCUUCUCUCUCCAAAUUCAGAAUGCUUGUUUCUUGUUUUUCUGUUAAUUUCCUUUCAAUUUUCCCCCUCUAGAUUUUAUGCUUAAUUAUUAAUUUGCUGCCUAAAUAUUGAUUUACUAUCAAGUUUUAUCUGUCGCAGUGUGCAUCUUAUGCUUGAUCUGAUAUGGGUUUAAUUCCUCACAUGUUGGUUAACCCCACCUUGCUUCACUCAUCGAGGAUAGUGUUUGAAUAGUAAGGGUUCUGGGUUUGCUUCCGUUUUCACACUGAGAUAGUGAAUCUUGAACUGGGCAUGGUGGGUAAAGAGGAUGCCUCCAGUAAUUCUCGGGCUCCGUGCCAAGUUUCUGGCAACCAUAGGAUGUUUCUGCGCUCGGCAUCGUGGUCCUCUUCCCGUGCUGCCUCCCAAAACCCGGAUUCUGGAGAGAGAGAAUGCGGGGAUCCAAAUGGUAAUGCAGGAAACAAUAACGGGCAAAACCGUCGGUUUCCUGCUCCAUUAACCCCGCGAUCACAGCAGAAUUUCAAAGCUCGGUCAUGUUUACCGCCACUACAGCCAUUGGCUAUUGCUCGCCGGAGCUUGGAUGAAUGGCCCAAGGCUGGGUCAGAUGAUAUUGGCGAGUGGCCAGGACCACCUACACCAAGUGGGAGGGAGAGAUUGAAGCUUGAUUUGUCAUCAAUCGAGCGAAACCCAGAUAAGAAUGGCGGGCUUGUGAAGAGGGAUAAGAUCGCAUCCUUUGAUAAGGAGUGCUCAAAAGUGGCUGACCACGUAUAUCUUGGUGGAGAUGCAGUUGCAAAAGAUAAGGAUAUACUAAAACAGAAUGGGAUUACUCAUGUUCUGAAUUGUGUAGGUUUUGUUUGUCCUGAGUAUUUCAAAGAUGAUUUUAUGUACAGAACUUUGUGGUUGCAGGACAGUCCAUCCGAGGAUAUUACUAGCAUUUUAUAUGAUGUUUUUGACUACUUUGAAGAUGUUAGAGAACAGGGUGGAAGGGUUUUUGUUCAUUGUUGCCAAGGGGUGUCUAGAUCCACAUCCUUGGUGAUUGCGUAUCUUAUGUGGAGAGAAGGACAGAGUUUUGAUGAUGCUUUUCAGUAUGUCAAGGCAGCGAGGGGUAUUGCGGAUCCAAAUAUGGGUUUUGCUUGCCAAUUGUUACAGUGCCAAAAGAGAGUUCAUGCAUUCCCUCUUAGCCCGAGUUCUUUAUUGAGGAUGUAUAGAAUGGCCCCACACUCGUCCUAUGAUCCUUUGCAUCUUGUCCCAAAAAUGUUAAAUGAUCCUUCCUCUUCUGCACUGGAUUCUAGGGGUGCGUUUAUUGUCCAUAUACCUUCUGCAAUAUAUGUUUGGAUUGGUAAGAACUGUGAGACCAUCAUGGAAAAGGAUGCAAGAGGGGCUGUAUGUCAGAUCGUUCGGUAUGAGAAAGCGCAAGGGCCAGUAAGGAUGAUAAAGGAAGGAGAGGAACCGGCUCAUUUUUGGGAUGCUUUUAAGCACCUUUUACCUUUGAUGGAGAAACCGAGCGAUGGUGUAGAGGCUGGGGAAUUAAAAGUCAAGAUUUGUACAGGUGCCAGGAAAGUGGACUCCUAUAAUGUUGAUUUUGAGAUAUUCCAGAAAGCUAUUAAGGGGGGUUUUGUGCCUCCACUUGCAUCAUCUGAGAAUGAACAUGAAACGCACCUUCCUGCCAGAGAAAGCAGUUGGAGUGUAUCAAGGCUUAAGUUUGCGUCUGGCGACAUGAAAGAGUUUGUGGCAGCUCCCAAAUUGUAUCUCUCAAGGGUCUACUCAGAUUCUAGGAUGAUGGGACAUCCAUCUACAAAUCUAUCGUCCCCUUCAUCAUCAUUCUCGUCAUCGUCGUCACCUUCAUCAUCAUUCUCAUCAUCGUCGUUGUCAUCUUCAUCUUCUGCUUCUUCGCCUCCUUAUCUCUCUCCAAAUUCCAUCUGUUCAGAUUCAGGCGCCACUUCAAAGUAUUUGUCAGAAUCCUCUCUGGAUUCUCCUUCUGUGGCUUCGUGUUCUCUUCCAGUAUCUUCAACUUUGCGUAACUUUUCUAACUUGUCCCUCUUGUCAUCCAAAACUUCUGAUGGUCCAGAAACUGUUGGUGUCAAUUUGAAGUCGCAGCCACGUUCUAAAUCAACUUCUUCUGUCCAAUCUAAAGUAUUUUCACCUUCCCUUGCUGAACGCAGGGGCUUAUCAAAGUCUCUGAAAUUGCCAUUGAUGGCUGAUAAUAUGAGGGUGGCAUAUACCCCCUCAAGUUAUAUUGCUGAUCAAGAGGACGGUGUUAGGAUGAACAAUAAUACUUGCUCUCCAUGUGAACUGGAUAGGAUAGAAGAUAAAGUUGACUUCAAGGAUGCUGUUGAUAAUGGGGUGGGAGAUUUAACUAAAUCCUGGAAAAAACAUCCUCUCGGAUACGACCUGGGCUCUUCUGUUUCAAAUGGGAUGGAGGAAAGUGGGUCAGCACAUUGUAACAGUAUGCAACCUUUAGUAUGCCGAUGGCCCAGUUUAGAAAAGAUUGCAACAUUUGGUGCAACUGAUAUGAAUUCUAAAGAUGCUUUUGCUAUUUUCUCUCCAGAUUUAGGCAAAAAUGAGAAUAGAAUAUUAUAUUUUUGGGUAGGAAGGUCUUUCGACCACGAUGGAAGUCAGAUUCAAUUAGACAGUGACAUAGAGUUAGAUGAUAGAAAAGAGCUUGACUGGAAACAAAUCGGUCGUGAUGCUCUUAACCAAAUGGGUCUUCCGAGAGACACCACUAUCAAGAUUGUUAAAGAAUAUGAAGAGCCAAUGGAGUUUCUUGCAUUGUUGAGUUCGUUGUAGUUGCGUAGAUUCUGCAAUACAAUGCCCCGGUUCUUUCUCUGUUUCUUAGGUUGGCUCAACUCCCUGCAACUUUCUCGUUCAUCAAGAUAAACAUUCGCUGGUAAAAAAUCAUUGAGGAAGGCUGCUCUUUGAAGUUGGUGCGUGGCUCAUCACCUGGGUUGUACAGUGUCGUAACACCCUCACUUUCGUGUAACAUUCAUUUUCUUGUAUAUUCACUCACACCAUUAGAAACAAUCUCAGAGGGCCUUGGCAGACAGAAUAGAUGCAGUUGAUACUUUCUUUUGCUGGAUACUCUUGUUAUUAGUUCUUCCCUUGAAUCGUCCUUCAAUGGUUACUUAUCAUUAAAUUCUAUGCGCAAUGUUGUGUGCGUGGUACAAGCCAUAUCACAAUUUGUAUCAUGGGCAACUCAAAAAUGCUAAUAUUGUGCUAAUGUCAUCCAUCUUCCCCGUGA